CUCCCUCCCUAUUUCUUUCAAAUGGCGGGUUUAAGACCCCCCACUUCAAUAUCACAAACAUCCACGCAACUUGUUACUUCGCUUCUAGUGUUACUCCUAACUCUUCUUCCAUUAACUCUUGCCGGGUUUGCAUUUGUUCUUCAAUGCCGGGGCGGGUUGACCGACCCCACUACCCGGUGGUCACAUGAUCACCAUGAAUUUCCCGGAAUGGAGACUAUCAGUGGUUUGACUAAGGAUGUGGUUAGGAAUUCGGAUCUUCUGGGUCAGAGUCAUUCCCUUUCUUUCCCUUAUUUUCGUGAUUGGAAAUUCGGGUUCGGGUCGGAUAUGAAACCCAAGAUAUGUAUAACGACAAGCACGUCUGCUGGCUUAGAACAAACUUUACCAUGGAUAUUUUAUCACAAGGUUAUGGGAGUCUCAACCUUUUUUCUUUUUGUGGAGGGGAGAGCUGCUUCCCAUGACGUAUCUAAAGUUUUGGAAACAGUUCCAGGGGUGAAAGUUAUAUACAGAUUGAAAGAAUUAGAGGAACAACAAGCUAAAGGUCGGAUCUGGAAUGAGACCUGGUUGUCAAGCUUCUUCUACAAGCCAUGUAAUUAUGAGUUAUUUGUGAAGCAAUCCCUCAAUAUGGAAAUGGCUAUUUUCAUGGCAAGGGAGGCUAGCUUGGACUGGAUUAUCCAUCUCGAAACUGAUGAGCUAAUUCAUCCUGCAGGAGCUAGUGAAUAUUUCUUGAGACAGUUGCUGUCAGAUGUGCCUGGAAAUGUUGACAUGGUUAUCUUUCCGAAUUAUGAGAGCAGUGUUGAGCGAGAUGAUAUCAAGGAACCUUUUAGUGAGGUCUCCAUGUUCAAAAAGAAUCACGAUCAUCUUCCCAAAGAUACAUACUUUGGCAAUUAUGAGGAAGCAAUCUGUGGUAAUCCAAACUAUUUUCUGACAUAUGGGAAUUGGAAAUCUGCUGCUCGUAUUCGAGACCAUCUUCGUCCUAAUGGCACACACAGAUGGCAUAACUAUAUGAAAACACCCAAUGAGGUUAAAUUGGAGGAGGCUGCUGUUCUGUAUUGCACAUACCCUAAAUUUUCUGAUUUGACUUCACGACAUGAUCAGUGUGGAUGCAAACCUACGAAGGAGGAUGUUAAAAGAUGCUUCAUGUUCAUGGCUGCAUUCAUAAUUGCUUCAACGGUAACAGAGGAGGAAAUGCUUCACUGGUACCAGGAAAGGAUCAUGUGGACUGAUGAAGCACUGAAACUGAAACUCUUGAGAAAGGGCAUCUUGACUCGCAUCUACACUCCCAUGGUCAUUGUCCAUGGACUUAGGGAAUCUGGUGUUUUCAGCUCUGUGAUAGCAGCGUCACAGAAGUUCAUAUCAUCAGUUAAGAAUAGCAACUCUUCCAUGACAGCUGGAGUUGUUUCUUCAACAAAGAUUGGUCAUGGUGGAGAAUCUCAGGCAACUGCAAGAAGGGGCUUGCAAAUUUCUGACGAGGCUUCUAUAUUUUCAGCAAUUCCACCAGUCUCCUCCUGACCUGGAAGAUAUUCACAUAGAGAUGUGAUCACAUUACAUCCGCAGUAACCCUUGACCCCCUUGUCUUAUCUCGUGUUGUUUGAUUGGAGAGGGACGUCAAAGUUCUUGAAAAUAUUGAUGAACUGGAACUCGAGGGAGCAAGAAAAGCAGCUAUGACUGUUGAGAUGGGGCACUUCGUUGAGCAGUUUCAUGGGGCCCUUCCCGAUCAUUACCCAAGCGCUGGUGUACAUUUUGGUUUAGAUAUUAGGUUCUAUAGAGUUGAGGUGUCGAGCGAGAUUCUGAUCACUUACAUAUUCAUGAUUUGUCUUCUCGGUAGUAUUUCUGGUUGCCGUGGCUGAUUGUCUGCAGUUGUGAUCUGAAGCCCUGCCAGACCAAUUGGUGGCUUACACACGUUGCAGGGGACGAAUACUACAGUAUACAUUCCCCAUUCAUGAUACGGAAGGUGGUUAUUCAUUGGAAAUGGCUUCUUGCCGUUCAUUUCCUCUAUCUUACUCUCUCUACUUAAGCAGCUCUAUUAAUUUAUUCUUGUGAAAAUGUGUGGAAUUUUUUCAACUCGUAUUAGAUUUUGGAGACCUAUGUAUCAAUGGUUGGAAGAAUUUCGUCUUUAACAA